AUGACCCAGUCUGUUGUAAUUGGUCGACUGGGUUUAGCCAAAGACUCCAACACAGCUGAAGUGGCCGACGAGUCCCACAUUUCAGGCUCAGAGCAGUCUCUCAGUUAUCCGCCUUGGGGUCUUUGCUGUCUGCAUCUCUCUGGUGGUCACGCCUAUCCUCCCUGUGCCCGUGGUUUUCAUUCUGCGCUGUCCCUGAACAUCAUCGACGAGAACACCGGAGGCCUGUCCACAGUCUCCUAUAAAAAAGGGCGCAUUAUAAAAGACACGGCUUGCAGGACCAGAGAAGACGACGAGGAUGACGCAAGUCUUCUGAACACGAAGACACCGAGCGAGGCCCCGUCGCCAAUGCCGGCCAACUACCGAAAGCAGAGCGGUCCCGGUUCAGCCGCAGACGCCAAGCUCAACGGCAGCUGCAGCACUGGAUACUUAAUGCCCAAUAUUACUGACAUUCCUGACAUGCCUGAAUCUGAUUUGUGAGAGCCUGUGGUGGGUCAUCUGUAACUGUGAGGACCAGUGUCACUUCAUUUGCUUUGUAAAAAAAACGUCUUCAUCUUUGUGUAACCCAAUCACAGUCAAUCGCCUGAUCAGAGCUUUUCACACUUAUAGAAACAGUCAUUCUAAACCUCGUGAAUGAAAUACCGAUUUAUGACAUGUUCACACCAAUGAUGGUCUAUAAAAUCAUAUAUUUACUAUUACAAAUAGUUACUAUUACUAAAAAUAGUUUUCACCGAUAAUAUCAAAAUUUGGGCCGACAUUGAUAACUGAUAUAUAUAGGCCGAUAAAUCGCUUUAUAUGACCUUGUUUAUUUCAGAGCCUGAUUCUAAAAUAUUAUACACUUUAUACAUGUCAUUAACUAUCUACACAUAGACAUCCCCUACAUUCUAUAUCAGUGAGUACGUUUACAUGGACACCAAUACUCUGAUUUUAAUAUCAUUAAGACAAUACUCUGAUUUAGAGUCUACCAUGUAAACAAUGAUUUUGGAUUACUUUAAUCUGACUAAAGUCAUAAUUGAACUAAACAGAAACUGAAUUUAGACAUGAGUAGUCCUAUUUUAGUUGCGUUAUUGCAGUUCAGACAUAUAAAUUUGAACCGUUUUGUGGUACUUUGCGCUAUAUUUUGCAUCAAGAUGCACACAUGGCAAGUGUAUGACUACAAACAAAUGAGAAUGGCUUCAAGCAAGUAUUUCAGAGUUUGUUGCGGGGGCAUAAAUGAAAAGCGAAUGAAACCUAAUAGUAUCUGACUGCAAAGGUGGCCUGUUACUUAAAAGUUUGUAUCCACCGUCGUUUCUUUGCACAUAUAGUGUGGGAAAUUCACUUCAGUUGAAUUAAGCAUAAUUAAAAACGAAACCCCCCAAUCUUAUUCAGAUUAAGACAAAUAAUUAAUUUACUGAAGUCCGUGUAAACGUAUAUAACUGCAGGGCAACUAUGUUUAUAUAUAAUAACUUUAACUGAUAAAGUUAUUAGGUAUUAGUUAAUUAAAGUUGUUAGUAACUAAUAGAGUUAUAGUAACUGAUAACCUUAACCUUUCUGAUUUGGAUUAUAAUGCUAUAAUGUGCACCUUUUGUAAAGCUGCUUUGAAGCAAUAUUUUUUGUAAAAGCACUAUACAAAUAAACUUAAAUUGAAUAAAAGGCGAACAAACAAUGGUGGUGCCACACUAAGCAUAGUUAUCAUACCAUGGUAUUUGUAGUGAAACUAUCAUUAUAAAACUGGCAAUCAAUAUUCUAAAAAACAAACAAACACAUGGUUACAACACUUUUACUAUAAUAAAUCUAUGGUUGACUUUAAGGCUUUAUGCCAUUUCUCAUCUUAAGGCAUCUAACUGUGGGGCAU